AUGCGUCACAAGCAUCAGAGGCCCCACAAAUCCUCUCAGCAAACCGGUCAGAGUUGGUCAACCAAUCAGCAUCAAUCUGCCAAGACCCCUCGCAAACAAGCUGUAAAGUAUGUUGUGUACCCCUACAAACAGGAUCAAAGACUGUUGGAGGAUUCACAGGGUGAACAUUAUACUGUCGAGCGCUUAGAUCAUGAAGAAACCUCAGCUGUGGAUUACCCAAGCAAUUCAGCCAAAGAUCACUUGUCAUUAGAGCCACCCAGUGACACAAUGUUUGAAGACAAAGAGGAUGAUUGCAAUUCAAAAAACUCAAAGAAUGAAAAACACAAACUAGACCAAAUUGAUUUAGAUCAAAUUGAAUGGGACAACCGGUCUGAUCUGGAUAUCAAUGCAGCCCCCUAUCAGGUUCAACCAGAACAAUCUUCUACCUUCAAGGCUUUUCUAGAAGAUGGUGUUGUCCAUUUUUUCCCAGAAUCCAAUUCAACCCAACAAUCUGAACCAGAUUUUGACUUAAAAAACUAUAGAGCUGAAGAUGUUGACAACUGGGCCAGCACCCUGUUGGCAGAUGAAUUUGAGCAUCUUUGUGUUAUGGGAACCAACGCUAGAACCAAAUCUUUCCAGCAAUAUGCUAUCUCCAACCUCAAUCAACUAACUCAGACCCUUACUCAACAAAGCUCAUCAACCCAUGAACACCUUGAACACCUGGUUUCUACAUCUAAUGGCUGCCAGGACUACAGAAAUUACCACCACCACCAGCCUGAUGACAUCAGCAGCAACAAUUUCGACCAACAGCGGCUUGCAUCUCCAGAUGAUGAGUCAAGAUCUGCGUUCUACAAUCACUCGGGCAACUGCAACUCUCAUCUAGAGGCUUUUGAUGACAUUGGUUUUGAUGACAGCACUUUUGACAAUGGCGGCUUUGACAAUGAUGACUUUGAGGAUGGUGGAUUCAACAAUGGUGGAUUUGACAAUGGUGGAUUUGACGAUUGCGGAUUUGAUGAUGGUUGUUGGAAUUUUGACUCUUCCCUUCUUCAUCUCUUUCACUUCUCAAUUUUACAAUAUCUCUUUCUUACAAUAAUACCCUUAAGUACCAAUAAUUAUAUAGUCUGUCUAGUAGCUAGUCAUGAAUUUAAACAUCAAAUUCUUGUAGUCAAAGAACCCUGA